AUCAUCCUCCUCUUCCAUCUUCCUCCGGUGACAAUUGCUUGCAGGUGACGCCCAUUGGUUGUCUUCCUGUUUUCGUCUCCGAGUGAUAUCAUCCUUAUCCUUCCUAUCUUAUCAUCCAUCUUCCUACCCCUCCUAUAUAUUCUUUUAACUCUCCUGACCUUUUGGUCUUGUGUCAAUUGAACCCCUCUACAACCUCAAUUCCUUCAGCAAUUCAUCAUGCCUCGCUUCGACGACGCUGACUUCGCCGUGGACGCUGCCCCUGCUCCGGGUGCCCGCUCCCCCCGCGAUGCUCGUGGUAGCGCUGCUGGCUCUCUGCCCAUCCCCAACGAUGCUGGCAACACUGUCGAGAUUCCCGCUACUCGCAGCUCCAUCAGCGAUGCUGCUCAGUACAUGCACAACCUGAGCUUUGCUCCCUCCUCCCGGGACCGUCGUGGCUCCCGCAACUCCUUUGGCACUUCCCUGCCCAUCCCCAGAUCUCCCCGUGUCUCUCGUCUUUCCUCGGUGGUCACUGCGGAUGUUUCCCGCGACAUCCUGGCCUCUCAGGUCCAGGACAUGUCCAAGGAGAAGGUCGCUGCCGCCAAGAACAUGGCCUUCGCUUUCGAUAUCGAUGGUGUCCUGGCCCACGGUAACGAGGCCAUUCCGGAGGCCAAGGAGGCCCUCGCCAUGCUCAACGGUGACAACGAGCUGGGCAUCAAGAUCCCCUACAUUCUCCUGACCAACGGUGGUGGUAAGACCGAGGACGAGCGCUGUGCCCAGCUCACCGAGGUCCUUGGCUGCCCCAUCUCCACCGACCAGUUCAUCCAGUCUCACACCCCAAUGCAGGCGUUGGCCGAGUACUACGAGACCGUCCUGGUCUGCGGUGGUGAGAAGCAGAAGAUCCGCAAGGUCGCUGAGAACUACGGCUUCAAGAAUGUCAUCCACCCCAAGGAUGUUCUCGCCUGGGACCCCACCAUCUCCCCCUGGGGCUGCUUCCACGAGGAGGACCGUCUCGAGGCCAAGCCCCGCGACUUCUCCAAGAUCAAGUUCGACGCUAUCCUGGUGUUCGCCGACUCCCGCGACUACGCCACUGACAUGCAGCUCAUCAUGGACCUCCUCCUGGCUGAGGACGGAAAGCUGCUGACCCGCGCCAAGGACCCCGUUGCUUCCCGCAUCCCGGUCUACUUCUCCCAGGGUGACCUGGUCUUCCCUACCGACCACAAGGGUCCCCCCCGUCUGACCCAGGGUCUCUUCCGUAUCUCCAUUGAGGCUCAGUACAAGGCCCUCACCGGUGUCGACCUGGAGCGUGUCGUCUACGGCAAGCCCGAGCGCGCCACCUACACCUACGCCGAUGAGGUCAUGAAGGCCUGGAUGGAGCAGAUCCACAACGAGAACCGUCUGCCCGAGAACAUCUACAUGGUCGGUGACAACCCGGCCUCCGACAUCUGCGGUGGUAACAUGCACGGCUGGAACACCUGUCUGGUGCGCACCGGUGUCUUCCAGGGCAAGGACAACGACGACAACAACCCGGCCAACUUCGGUGUCUUCCCCAAUGUCCUGGAGGCCGUCAAGUCUGCCGUCCGCAAGGAACUCGGCCAGGACUUCAAGUUCAAGUGGAACCCCAAGGUCAACCCCGUCCUCCACGGCGACGGUGCCUCUGCUGUCGAGUAAACGCAUUAACAUCGGCGCUUGCUUUUUUCUUUCUCUCCACACCACUUUUUCUCAUCCAUUUUGUUCACAUCUUGAUCGAUGUUAGACAUUUCUUUUGCAUGUUACGGCUUACGGAUUUGGACUACUGAUAUCCAUCGUCGCUCCUGGGCCACAAAAAAUCGCCAUCAGCGAGUCGACUGAUUUUGUUUUGGUUUUAUUGUUUCCUUUUUUUGGACUCUUUAGACUGGGUUUUUCAUUUUUCUCCCACUGUCAUGUUCACAUACACAUUUCACAUACCAAUGAUGUCUCUUCCACUGGGCUGGUUAGAUGGAUUGGAUAGGUUCGGGUUACUUUUUAGACUUUUUGCUUUUGCUUUGGUUACAUGGAAAUCUACUACAACCCUGCAAUGUUGCAGCCGGUUUCUUUCCCAC